UUUAAAAAAAAAUUAUUUAUUUUUUUAUCAGCGGCUGGAGAUUCCCCGUCGAAGGAACCCAAUUCCAAUCACCGGAACUCGAGACCAAUCGGGAAGAAUGAUAUCUGCGACUGUUGCGAUAAUGGCGCGACCUUCUUCAAUGUUGCUGCUAGCAGCGCAAAGAGGCCAUCGGAUUCUUACUCCUGCAGCUUCAUUCUCUUCAUCUUCUUCUUCUUCAGUUUCCUCUCGCAAAUUGAUUCUGUACUCGAAGCCUGGAUGCUGUCUGUGCGAUGGGCUUAAAGAAAAACUACAGGCUGCCUUUCUGCUCGCCGGCCCUGAUUCUCUCCACGACGUUGAUUUACUGGUGAGGGAUAUUACUACUAAUCCUGAAUGGGAGAGAGCUUACCAGUAUGAGAUUCCUGUUCUGGCGAAAGUUCUCUCUGAUGGCUCGGAGGAAACUCUUCCUCGGCUAUCUCCUCGUCUCGGGGUGGAGCUCAUUCAGAAGAAACUAGCAGCUGCCUUGCAGUAGGAGACAAGCAUUCUUGUUCUUGACUAGACAUUCGUUUAUGCUUCAGAAAAAGGGUUUGCAUAAAAGGGAGGAUGGGGAGGGAAAAAGGUGUAGAAAAGGAGAGAAUUUGGCCUGGUCAAAAGUUGCUAACAUGAGCAAACACAAUAUUCAAUUGAAAGUUUUGUAGGUUUCCUAUCUCCACGGUGUAUCUCUCUCACUUGAAUUAUUACCAGAGUUCCAAACUUGUAAGUUCACUCAAUCUCUCCUUGGUUUGUUGCAAAAACCCGUCUUUUUUUUGUUAGAAUUGAUCUCUUAUAUUGUGACAGUUCAAAAAACUGAAGCCUUUAGCUACGAAAUAUGACCUAACUUCUUUCA